UCAAUGAAUUGAUUAACGUGGAAAAACUUAUUCGGGUGUUACCAUUUAGUGGUCAAUUGUACGGAAUAUGUACUGUACUGUGCAAUCUACUAAUACAAGUUUCAAUCAAUCAGUCAAUCAAUCAAUCAAUGAAAAUGAUGAUAGAUUUGAAGUGCAUCUUAAGUUAAGUUAAAGUACCAAUGAUUGUCACACACACACUAAAAUGUGUCCUCUGCAUUUGACCCAUCUCAUUGUUUACCCCCUGGGAGAUGAGGGGAGCAGUGAGCAGCAGCGGUGUCGCUGGCCGGAAUCAUUUUUGGUGCUUUAACCUCCAAUUCCAACCCUUGAUGCUGAGUGUCAAGCAGUGAGGAUCGUCCACCUGUGUCGCCGACGCAGCGAUGGUGCCCUGGUCAUCUUGAAGGAGAUCCCCGUGGAACAGAUGUCAAGGGACGAACGCCUCGCCGCUCAGAACGAGUGUCAGGUGCUGAAACUGCUCAACCACCCAAAUAUCAUCGAGUACUACGAGAACUUCCUAGAAGACAAGGCCCUCAUGAUUGCUAUGGAGUACGCACCAGGUGGAACCUUGGCUGACUACAUACAGAAGCGCUGUAACUCGCUGCUGGAUGAAGACACCAUCCUUCAUUUCUUUGUGCAGAUCUUGCUGGCGAUGUACCACGUGCACAACAAACUCAUCCUGCACAGGGACCUCAAGACGCAGAAUAUUCUCCUCGACAAGCACCAAAUGAUCGUCAAAAUCGGCGACUUUGGCAUCUCAAAGAUUCUUGUCAGCAAAAGCAAAGCAUACACUGUGGUGGGGACGCCAUGUUACAUCUCACCAGAGCUGUGCGAGGGGAAGCCGUAUAACCAGAAGAGUGACAUCUGGGCUCUGGGUUGUGUGCUCUAUGAGCUGGCAAGCCUGAAAAGAGCAUUUGAAGCGGCUAACCUCCCUGCCCUGGUCCUGAAGAUCAUGAGUGGCACCUUCGCUCCGAUAUCCGAUCGCUACAGCCCAGAACUCCGUCAGCUCAUCGUCAACAUGCUCAACCUAGAUCCCUCCAAACGGCCACAGCUCAAUGAAAUCAUGGCACUGCCCGUCUGCAUCGGACCGCUGCUUAAUCUCUACACGGACAUCGGAAGCGUCAAGAUGCGCAGGAUCGAGAAACCGCUAUCCACUGUCCAGACUGGUCCACAAGGCAGAGUGGGAGGGCGAGUACCGACCAACAGAUCCAGAGAUGGCAUGUCAGCAACAGGCAAGCUGCAUUCCCUCCCGCUGUCUGCAGUGUACACGUGGGGCAGCGGAAUUUCCACCCCGCUGCGUCUGCCCAUGCUCAACACUGAGGUGCUCCAGGUGUCACUGGGCCGCACUCAGAAGAUGGGGGUGACCAAGUCGGGCCGUCUGAUCACUUGGGAGGCUCCCUCGGUGGGAUCCGCAGAGCUCAGUCUGCCCGGAGCCGUGGAGCAGAUGCAGCCUCAGUUCAUCUCGCGCUUUUUGGAGGGUCAGUCCGGAGUCACCAUCAAGUUGGUAGCCUGUGGCGAUCUCUUCACCACCUGCAUGACAGACAGGGGCAUCAUCAUGACCUUUGGGAGCGGGAGCAAUGGCUGCUUGGGGCAUGGAAACUUCAAUGAUGUUACGCAGCCCAAGAUAGUGGAGGCACUCCUCGGCUACGAGCUGGUCCAGGUGUCUUGUGGCGCUUCCCACGUGCUCGCAAUGACCAAUGAGAGAGAAGUAUUCGCCUGGGGAAGAGGGGACAAUGGGCGCCUUGGGCUGGGCACCCAAGACAGCCACAACUGUCCCCAGCAGGUGUGUCUACCUGUGGAGUUUGAAGCCCAGAAGGUGGUGUGUGGCGUGGACUGCUCUAUGAUUAUCAGCACUCAAAGCAGUAUUAUGGCAUGUGGAAGGAACAGGUGCAACAAGCUGGGUCUGGACAAGAUAAGCGCCGGUGAGGAACCAAGCCCCUCCAAUCAGGUGGAGGAGGUCUACUCUUUUACUCCCAUCCAAUCAGCUCCGCUCAACAGAGAGAAGAUUGUCUGUAUUGACAUCGGUACUGCACACUCUGUCGCCGUGACAGAGGGUGGGUUGUGCAUCACUUUUGGCAGCAACCAGCAUGGUCAGAUGGGCUGCAGUUCUCGCCGAGGCAGUCGUGCACCAUACCUGCUGCCCGCCCUACAGAAUAUCACUAUGGCUGCUUGUGGAGAUGCUUUUACUUUGGCCAUCAGAUCAAAUGGCGAGGUGUACACCUGGGGAAAGGGUGCCCGCGGACGCCUCGGAAGAAAAGAGGAGGACUCAGGCAUACCCAAGGCAGUGCAGCUCAACGAGAGCCACCCGUUCACAGUGACAUCGGUGGCUUGUUGUCAUGGCAACAGCCUGCUGGCGGUGAAACCUUUGCUCGAUGAAUCUGUCCCAAGAUGACCCAAUGGACCCUGAUGGUUCCAGUUUGAAGAUCCCUUUACUUAGUAAAACCCGAUGUCGCUCACACUCGCUCUGUUUUUAGAUUUUUAACAAAACUAUUACCACACCAGGAGUCUGCAGGCUCACAUAUCUAUUUUAAGUGGAUUCGAUGGCCCUCUUCUACACCAAACUCAGCCAAGCAUGCCUUUAUGGACCGGACUUUGUUCACCAACACGGACACAUAGAAUUGUCCGAAAAUGUUACAGCUUUACAGGGAACGAGUGGGUCGAAACCAACUUUGAAAUGAUUGAUCAGGGUUUCUGCUGGUCAUUAAAAACUAUUAAAAGUCAUUACAUGGACUUUGUGAAAAUGAUGGCCUUAAUGGCAUUAUAAAACAUGAAAUCCAAUGUCCAGAAGCAUUAAAAACAUUUAAAUGAGGUGAAAUAACACAUGCUAUUAGCUAAUCACAAGUCAGCAAUUAAAGGCAAGCAUGCCGUGCACCUGGGGAUAGGUUGAUUGGCAACACUAAAUUGGCCCUAGUGUUUGAAUGUGAGUGUGAAUGUUGUCUGUGUCUAUCUGUGUUGGCCCUGCGAUGAGGUGGCGACUUGUCCAGGGUGUACCCCGCCUUCCGUCCGAUUGUAGCUGAGAUAGGCACCAGCGCCGCCCGCGAUCCCAAAAGGGAAUAAGCGGUAGUAAAAAGGGAUGGAUGGAUGAGUUAAUGGUGCUUAAUUUCUUUGGCGUGACCAACAAAGCUACUUCUGCUGUCAACACGACGCCACCACCAAAAAUAAAUUAUUCUAAAUAAAUUCUCAGAUUAAAUAGUCUUGUUAGCUAACUCUGAUCCACUAGAGAGUAAUAGUUAACGUAACACUUUCAACUAUUCAAGAUUAUCAUUGUCAAACACUUACAAUUGUGUCUACACAGACAGUUGUAAACUGUUGACUAUAUACAGCGUAAUAACGUUCUGCAGUAGGACAUGGGCAUCAAAUUUGUUUUAAGUGGCAUUAAAAACCAUUAAAUUUGAUUUGCGAAAACAUGCAGAAAACCUGUUGGUAACGUAUUGUCUGACAGGGCACCUUGUGGUCAUCUACAUCUAUGCGUUUCUAGUUUAUUAGGAGGUGUAUUUAGUAUUUGCAUACAUACAGCCUAGGUCAUAACCUGAGUGUCGCAACAGCGUGUUGCUCCAAACAAAGCCGCGAGUUACUUCACGGCAGGAAGUCAUCAGUUCGCUGUCAUGCAGUGAGGCCAUUGUCCUCCCUCACGUGCACGAUGAACCACGAAAAGGCCAGCAAACCGGUUUCAGGCCCUCUUAAGCCAGCCGGCGAGUGAAUGAGACGUUACAAACAGGCACACAAGCCCACAAAGAAAGAAGGACAAGAAGGAAAGAAAAGACACUUGAGUGUUUAGCAAGUCAUCAGUCAAAUGACCCAAACUUGAUGGAAGGUUGAUCCCGACCACAGUGGUCACAUUGUGCUUAUUGGAUUAGUCCUUCGGUGUACUUGUGAGUCAAACCAGAUAACGACCUGCUGUCAAGCGUUAAAGACUUUACGGUGACAAAGGGACUCAGCAAAAAUAAGUAUCUUAAUCAUAGUGUUACCAAUUGAUUGCAAAAAAAGGAAAUUCAGACAUCAACUGCUGCAAAAAAAUACAUUUAUGUGGAUUUUAUUGUAAAAGAGUGACUACUUCAUGCAUGCAAACGCAGAGAGGACUGUAAUGUGACGCUAUUGUACAGUUAAAAUGUAAAUGUUUUAGCUUUGAGCUUAAACCCAAUGAUACAAA